CUGUGUCCAAUCACAGCUGAUCACAUCUGUCACGCUGUCAGUGUCGCCUAUCAGUGCACAUCAGUGCUGCCUAACAGUGCCAGUGAGUGCUGCCUAUCAGUGUCAUGUAUCAGUGCUGCCUUUCAGUGCCCAUCAGUGAUGCCUGUCAAUGCCCAUCAGUGCAACCUACCAGUGUCUCCUCAUCAGUACCACCUAUCAGUGCCCAUCACUGCAGCCUCAUUA